UUUAUAUCGCACCUAGGAGGUUACAUUGAGGUUAUAUCUUUGUAUAUAUAAUCUUGAUUCUUCCUUUCUUGUGGUUUCCGAUCUACCUCUUUUGUUAGAUACUCAACCUCCAACAGUUAUUAAAAAUUUUGGAGUGGCCGCCAACUAGAUACCCCUCCUAUGCGUCAUCAUUUUCGCACUUCGAGCAUUGAAAGAUUUUAGACCAGAUAGACUUCUACAAGUAUAAUUCUUCAUCUGCAAUAGAUACUUAAUACACAUACCCAUCAUGGCAUUUUCAAUGCACAGUCAUUCCGGACAAUUUUGUCCCGGUCACGCCAAAGAUACACUGGAAGAAGUGAUCCAAACCGCCAUUUCCAGGGGCAUGCAAACUUUUGCAUUAACAGAACAUAUGCCACGAAACUCCAACUCGGAUUUAUACCCUGAAGAAGUAAGAUUUUGCUUUAUCAUCUCAUCAUUUCACCUCAAAUAAUCUAACAUAUACAGGUAGAAGCCGGAGAUGACAUCUCUCGUUUUAUACCAAGACACGAAGCCUAUCUCGCCGAAGCUGUUCGUCUUCGUGAAAAAUAUGAGAAUAAAAUUCAUAUUCUCAUAGGCUUUGAGGGAGAAUGGAUUCGUUCGGAUUAUGGACCUCUGAUUCAACAGCUUGCUUCCAAUCCUAUCAUUGAUUUCUUCAUCGGUUCGAUACAUCAUGUGAAUGAGAUACCUAUUGAUUACGAUGCUGCGCUUUAUGCAAAAGCUGUCGAGAGAUCUGGAGGUUCGGAGGAGAAGCUAUAUGGGGAUUAUUUUGACCAGCAGUACGAGAUGUUGCAAUCGUUGAAACCGAAGGUGGUGGGCCAUUUUGAUUUGAUUAGAUUGUUGAGCGAGAAGCCGGAUAGGAAUUUGAAAGAGUGGGAUGGAAUUUGGCAAAAGAUUUUGCGAAAUUUGUUAGAGGUGACGAAAUAUGGAGGGCUAUUGGAAAUUAAUACUAGUGCAUUGAGGAAGGGAUUGAAAGAACCAUACCCAGAAAGAGAGAUUUGCGAGGUAUGUAUUUUGUGUGUAGAUAGGAAUGAGAAAAUGCUGACUGUACAAUAGACAUUCAGAGACCUUGGUGGAAAGUUUACAUUGUCUGAUGAUAGCCAUGGUAUUGGACAUGUUGGAACAAAUUUUGUCAAGGCGAUAAGGUAUUUGGAGACUCUCCAAGUAGAAAAACUUUAUACUUUCGAGAGGAACAGUGGAGCGGGAUCGAAUGAGGUCGCGAAAGUGUUGAUUUUGAAGAGUGUAUUUGUUUCAAAGGUCAACGAGACGUUUAUCCCUGAAUGAUGGACACAUUUUACGUAGCUAUAUAUCACUCGCCUAAAGUUGUCCUACUGGAAAUCUUUUCGGAUAUGCUGGUUUGGCCUUGCUCUUAAGUUGUUUUUGUGAUCACAACAUCUGAGGCAUUAGGGAUAUCAUAAUACCGGAAAGAACUGAUGAUCACCACGAUACAGGACUCGACCAAUUAUCAGGCAAUUUUGAGUGCAUGGCAUAUUUCCAAGGUAACAUGUAACAUCCCCCACUGAUUUCU